AUAACGCCGAGACCGUCUCGACUCCCGAGGACACGGACGUUCGUUGGUGGAUGCGAGCCAGCAGCCUGGUCAGUCGAAAAAGGCAGCAGUAGGCGCAGCACACGGGGCGGCUCUCGUCCUCGUCACUCUCGACCAUGUCCUCGAGCAGCGACGCAUUAGCAGCGGUCCUAACUACAGUAGCAGCCAGCUCCAAGGGGCCCUCUUCCGACUAAGAGUGGCCCAUCCUGUAGUUGUUUCGCGCAGUGUUCCCAAUCGCACGAGUAGUGUGCCCGUCGUCGCCAUUAGUGUCCAGUGCUCAAAGCAUCCCAUCGAGCGGUCCUGGUCGUCGUUGCAGUAGCCCAGUUAAUCGAGCUUUACCACUUGUCCGAAAGCUCGUCCUCUCCCCCGCCCACUCAUCAGCUGACAUUCCUCAGGAUUUUACGUUUCCCUCGACGAUUCCUCCGUACGCACCAACACACGAGUCAAGAGUGCGCCGCAGUGUUUCAGUGAAGUGUUGCCCCUGUGUAAUUUUUCUCGAGUGCUACGCUUGUUUGCCCCGGGACUUGUCUUCGUGAGACGGACGAAUUAUUUAUAUUUUUGAGACAACUAUAAACAUAAGGAUAAUUCAAACUAAUCAAGAUGUCAUCGGUAAAAGUCGCUGUGCGGGUUCGUCCCUUCAAUAUGAGGGAAAUAACCCGAGAAGCUCAAUGCAUUAUAGAAAUGACUGGCAAAACCACAUCUAUAACAAACCCUAAAGCACCAGCUGGGACAAAAGAUGCUACCAAAAGUUUCAACUACGAUUAUUCUUACUUUUCUAUGGAUCCAAAUGACGACGAUUACUCGUCGCAAAUUAUGGUUUAUAAAGAUAUUGGAGAAGAAAUGUUGGAGCAUGCUUUCGAAGGUUACAACGUUUGUAUAUUUGCGUACGGGCAAACGGGCGCCGGAAAGUCGUACACAAUGAUGGGGAAGCAGGAAGAGGGUCAAGAGGGUAUCAUUCCACAAAUCUGCAAGGACUUAUUUAAUCGAAUUAGCGAUAGUUCGGCCGAAGAUAUGAAACACUCCGUCGAGGUCAGUUACAUGGAGAUCUAUUGCGAGCGCGUGCGCGAUCUUCUGAACCCGAAAAACAAAGGCAAUCUAAGAGUUCGAGAGCACCCAUUACUUGGACCUUAUGUCGAAGAUCUCUCCAAGCUAGCCGUUAUGUCUUACGAGGAUAUUCAUGAUCUUAUUGACGAAGGAAAUAAAGCCAGAACGGUGGCGGCGACAAACAUGAACGAGACAUCUAGUAGAUCACAUGCAGUGUUUACGAUAUUUUUCACGCAACAUAGACAAGACAGUUCGACGGGUUUGGCUACCGAAAAAGUCAGCAAAAUUUCGCUCGUCGAUUUGGCUGGUUCAGAACGGGCCGAUUCUACUGGAGCCAAAGGAACCAGACUGAAAGAAGGUGCUAACAUCAACAAAAGCUUGACAACCCUCGGAAAAGUCAUAAGUGCUCUUGCUGAAAUCGCGGCUUCAAAAGACAAAAAGAAAAAGAAGGCCGAUUUCAUUCCUUAUCGAGAUUCUGUACUGACGUGGUUGUUGCGAGAAAACCUUGGCGGAAAUUCUAAAACAGCUAUGAUAGCAGCUAUUAGUCCUGCAGAUAUAAAUUACGACGAAACCCUUUCAACGUUACGAUAUGCGGAUAGAGCCAAACAGAUAGUUUGCAAGGCUGUGGUUAACGAAGAUGCCAAUGCUAAGAUCAUCCGAGAGCUUAAAGAGGAAAUUCAAAAACUACGGGAGCUUUUAAAGCAAGAGGGAAUCGAUUACCAAGAAGGAGACAUAACGUGUUUUAUAAGGAAUGCGAACACGAAACGAGAAGACGAUCAAAAGGAACCAUCGCGCCAGCGACUCCCUUCUCACGGAACGUCAACCUUGGCCGAAGAGGCCGUAGAACAACUUCAGGCCUCGGAAAAGCUAAUAGCCGAGUUAAACGAAACGUGGGAGGAAAAGUUGAAACGAACCGAAGCGAUCCGGGUUCAACGAGAAGCCGUGUUCGCCGAAAUGGGAGUGGCCGUGAAGGAAGACGGCGUAACCGUAGGCGUGUUUUCACCGAAGAAGACGCCGCACUUGGUCAAUCUGAACGAGGAUCCUCUGAUGUCGGAGUGCCUGAUUUACUACAUAAAGGACGGCUUCACGCGAAUCGGCAGCGCCGAGGCCAAUAUUCCCCAAGAUAUACAGCUGUCAGGUCCGCACAUUCUAAGCGAACAUUGCGUCUUCGAAAAUCACGAGGGGGUAAUAACCCUGAUACCAAAGAAGGGCGCACUGAUUUACGUCAACGGGCGCGCAGUGACGGAGCCACUUCUUCUCAAGACCGGCUCUCGAGUCAUUCUCGGCAAGAACCACGUAUUCAGAUUCAACCAUCCCGAUCAAGUUCGCGAACGUCGAGAGAAGAGCUCUCCAGCCGAGACUCCAGGCAGUGGAGAGAACGUCGACUGGAACUUCGCUCAAAUCGAGCUGCUGGAGAAACAGGGCAUAGAUCUGAAAGCGGAGAUGGAGAAACGUCUUUAUGUUCUGGAGGAGCAGUUCCGCAAAGAAAAGGAAGAAGCCGACCAACUGUUCGAAGAACAGAGAAAAAAUUACGAAGCUCGAAUAGACGCACUACAAAAGCAAGUCGAGGAACAAAGCAUGACGAUGUCAAUGUACAGCAGUUACACACCUGAAGACUUCAACAAUAUUGAAGAAGAUAUCUUUGUCAACCCAUUAUUUGACGCAGAGAGCAACUGGGGCGAGCGAGAGUUUCAAUUGGCUAAUUGGGCUUUUCGUAAAUGGAAGUAUCAUCAGUUCACCAGUCUUAGAGAUGAUCUUUGGGGUAACGCCAUAUUCCUUAAAGAGGCCAAUGCCAUUUCGGUUGAAUUAAAGAAGAAGGUGCAAUUCCAAUUUACUCUACUUACUGAUACUUUAUAUUCGCCGCUACCUCCUGAUCUUCUUCCUGUGGAGGACGAUGAAGAAGAAGAACGGCCAUUUCCUCGGACCAUUGUUGCUGUUGAAGUGCAAGACUUAAAAAAUGGAGCUACGCAUUACUGGACCUUGGAUAAACUGAGGCAAAGACUGGAAUUAAUGAGAGAGAUGUAUCACAACGAAGCUGAAUUAUCCCCUACGUCACCUGAUUAUAACAUUGAAAGUAUUACCGGUGGAGAUCCUUUCUAUGAUCGCUUCCCAUGGUUCCGCAUGGUUGGCAGAUCAUUUGUAUAUUUGAGUAAUCUUCUUUACCCAACACCAUUGAUUCACAAAAUAGCUAUCGUUAACGAAAAAGGAGAUGUCAAAGGUUAUCUUAGAGUGGCUGUACAAGCUGUUGUUGAAGAGGAAAACAGUGAAUACUCAAGUGGAGUACGUCAAUCUGCUCGCAUCUCGUUCGACGACGACUUAUUUGGAACGCAACGGCGAAAUCGACGCAACACUCUUCUGGCUCAGACUCUUGAUAAGAACCAGCAACAAGCACAAAUAGUGUCCCAAGAUGAUCGAGUGGUAGAGGGACAGCAAAAUCAAGAAAAUAAAGAAACAAAUAUCAAAGGAGAAGUUAUACGCGAAACAAAGGAAUUGAAAGAGGAUGAGGAGGUUGGUGAUGCAGACAGUGGCCGGGGCGACAGUUCAGUAUCGAGCGAUAUGAAGGAGGACGAAUUACCAGAACACCUGCAACCCGGUCAAGAAUUUACUUUCCGUGUGACUGUGUUGCAGGCCAUGGGCAUUGCCACCGAGUAUGCGGACAUCUUCUGUCAAUUUAACUUCUUGCACAGACAUGACGAAGCUUUCUCAACAGAGCCUGUCAAGAAUACUGGAAAAGGCAAUCCUCCCGGAUUUUACCAUGUUCAGAACAUAACGGUGACAGUGACGAAGUCAUUCAUCGAGUACUUAAAAACGCAGCCUAUAGUAUUUGAGGUCUUUGGCCAUUACCAACAACAUCCUCUGCACAAAGAUGCUAAACUCGAGUACGUACGCCAGCCGCCAAAGAGGAUGCUGCCACCGUCGAUUCCAAUAAGUCAGCCCGUGCGCUCGGCCAAAUUUGGCCAAUGCGUGCUGCAGCAGUCGCCGAGCACUUCGCACGUACACGCCAAGUACGACCUGCUCGUCUGGUUCGAGAUCUGCGAACUGGCCCCGAACGGCGAGUACGUGGCUUGCGUGGUCGACCACAGCGACGAUCUGCCCUGUCGCGGCCUCUUCCUGCUCCACCAAGGCAUCCAGCGACGCAUUCGCAUCACCAUCGUGCACGAGCAGGCCAGCGAGUUGCGCUGGAAGGACGUGCGCGAGCUCGUCGUUGGCCGCAUACGCAACACCCCGGAGCCCGAGGAGGAGGACAACGACUCGUCGGUUCUGUCUCUCGGCCUCUUCCCCGGCGAAGUUCUCGAGCUACCGGGCGACGACCGUUGCAUGUACCGAUUCGAGGCUGCUUGGGACAGCUCGCUUCACAACUCCGCCUUACUCAAUCGCGUUACCUCUUACGGCGAACAGAUUUUCAUGACUAUUUCCGCUUACCUCGAACUGGAGAACUGCGGCAGGCCAGCUAUCGUCACCAAGGACCUCAGUAUGAUAAUCUAUGGUCGAGACGCUAGAGUAGGACCUCGCUCGCUGAAGCAUCUGUUCAGCGGCAGCUAUCGAAAUCAGGAGGCCAACAGGCUCAGCGGCGUUUACGAGCUUGUAUUGCGUCGGGCUUCCGAAGCCGGUGUACAAAGGAGACAGAGACGCGUGCUCGAUACCAGCUCAACUUACGUCAGAGGCGAAGAGAAUUUGGAUGGAUGGCGACCACGCGGCGACAGUCUUAUCUUCGAUCAUCAGUGGGAACUCGAAAAACUCACAAGACUCGAGGAAGUCGAACGUGUUCGGCACACUUUGUUGUUGCGUGAAAAACUCGGCAUUGACAAAAACGUUUUCUGCAAUAAAGCUACCCAUGAUUUCACCAAGAGUGAAAAGGAGGUAUGCAACAUGGUGGCUAAGGCGACCAACGAGUCGCACGCAAGUCCGGUUCAUUUGAAGAAAACAGUCAGCAAGGACGUUUACGAACCAUGGGAGAUGACUGAGCGCGAGCGCGAAAUAGCGACCAAGUACGUCAAACUGAUUCAAGGCAGAAUACCGAGCAAGGAGCCGAUCGUUAUGUCGGACGUAUCACCGGGUGACGAUACCCUCGGCGAUAUAACGGCGUCUAUGGUAUCCUCUGUCGUCUCUUCGUCCUCCCAAGAGUCAGUAUACACACGUUUAUGCGAUCGCAAAAAGCAGUCGGGGCAUGUAAUCAGGAGCAGGUCUAAGUCGUGCAUCUUUAGGUUGACGUCGCCGGAGCGCACGAAGCUGCUCGAGCUGCAGGAGAGCAUAAUAGCCGGCGGAGAGGCGGCCGCGUGCUUCCACGGCUCCUCGGUGGCACCGAGCCCCCUAGGCUCCGUCUCCCCAUCCAAGGAGAAUCUCGUGCUCUACGUGCCCGAGGUUGAGGAGAUUCGCAUCAGUCCGGUGAUCGCGCGAAAGGGCUACCUCAACGUACUCGAACAUAAAACAAAUGGAUGGAAGAAGCGAUGGGUGUCGGUGCGCAGACCAUACGUUUUCAUUUUCCGCGACGAGAAGGAUCCAGUUGAGAGAGCCUUGAUCAAUUUGGCCACCGCCCAAGUUGAAUACUCCGAAGAUCAGCUGGCCAUGGUCAAAGUACCUAAUACAUUUAGCGUCGUGACAAAACACCGAGGUUACCUCCUGCAAACUCUCGGUGACAAGGAGGUUUACGAUUGGCUCUACGCCAUCAACCCACUUUUAGCCGGACAAAUAAGGUCAAAGUUGGCACGCAAGGGGCCGGGAGCCAUUGGAGGAAUUCCAAUCAGUCUGAGCAGCGAAAAGGUCGUGGCAUCGGGAAUGGCCCAGACAACGGCUGCAGUGUCAUCGGCCGAGGCUCAGGCUCAAGCCAAGUGAGUGGCAGAUUCGCUGGCCGAAAUGUUGGACUGCUGGACCAAGGCAUCACGGGUCUACUUGAGCCGGUCGCACAACGUUCUGGAUGCAAAGCUGGACUGGUGCAGUUUCAGGUUUCCCUUCGUUUUCGAUUGAACGGCUUGUGCGAGGUCGAGGCGUCAGUAGCUGUACACGUCUUUUUGCGCAACGCCGCUGUUGCUCGUGCAGGCGAACCCGCGCGCCUCCCUCACUUUGACCGAUGCCACUGGAUCCAGUUUCUCCUUCGUCUCCGCCUUCAUUUCUGACGUUUUCUCGAUUGGUCGAGUGCCCGAAGAUAGGUGCGUCGUGCAAGGAUCAAACGCUUUAUAUAAAAAAUUGCUAUUGACCCGAGCCAAUCGUGUCCAGCGAAUCCGAUCUCACGCUAACUUGUAACUUUGUAACUGUAUCUCACUCUCUGAAUUUCUCUCUCUCUCUCUCUAUCUUAUUUAUUGAUCUUUUACUUUCUCACUGUCUCCGGAUUUGUAAAUUCGCAUGGGAAUUACAUGCGAAACAUUGAUGCAACAUUGGGCUUCAAAAUCACCUUCAGACCGACUAUGGUUUUUUGAAUACAAGUUAGUCCAGGUGCUUUUAUUACGUCGUAUGACAUAGUAAUAAUGUUGUUACAAUAUUUAAGAAUAUGAAGCUGUAAAUCGGACCUACAAUAUACUUGAAUUUUAAGCCCUAGCACGUGAUGAAUAAAGACAGAGAAAAAAGGUAUAAAUUUUGGAGCAGUAUUUCAUUAUUUAUAAUGAAGCUGGCAAGCGCGUGAGCGCCUUCAAUUUGCUCGCCCAAUUAUUGUGUGUGAUUUGAGCUAUUAUUAAUGCAUAUUGUUGACUACAUGAUUGUGGUCAAAAUUUUUUUAACGUUCACUACCCCUCUUCCGCUUUCUAUUUCAGAAAUGAAUUGUGGAUUGUAUACGACACAAAUUGAUAAUGCUUGCAAUCAUACAAUCAACGAGUAAAGAAGUGAGCAAACUCGUUUUUUUUAGCAAAGUGGGCGAGAGCACGAGCAUCAGUGAUUAUUAAAUGUAAAACUUUGAUAUAUGUGGCGCAAAGUUAUAUGAAUAAUAUAAUUACGAUUAAUUUUAAAGUUGAUAUUGACAAUGAUAUUAUAAAUAUUCCUAUGAUUAUUGUUAUCGGGCGAUCAUCAUAACUAUUGUUUUCGAAGAGUAUUUAAUAAUUUGUAUUAUUAAAUAAAAAGACACAUACGCAAUUUAGUAGCUCACCAGAGCUUAUAUUCGCGAAGAAAGGAGGAGGAUAAUUUGUCGUGGGGAAAUAAGUCAAUGUUCGAGUAGCGCAUUGUAAAUGAAAAUGUAACUAAUCGAGUAUCGCUUGCUGAUUGUUUUAGGAUUUAGUACACCGAUCGAUUAUAUUCGUACCGACGAUUAUUAACUUGUAUAGUUUUAUUUUGUUAUCGAUUGCAGCAGCGGCAUCAUGUCAUUUAUGCAAAAAUGCAAUGCUGCAUGUACAAUGAUUACCUGAGGGAACAGUUGCGAAAAUAUAUAGUAGUUGGAGCGAGGAGGAGUGAAAUAGAAGUAAGGGAAAUGCAGGUUCAGCCACCUCGCUGCAUUUGGUUAAUAUUAUAGACUAUAGCGCGCGCGCGCGCGAAAGACAGAGAAUAUAAGUGUGCACGCUUGCAGUAUAGUAUAUUAUAAGGCUGCGUAAGUAAUCGCCAACUCUUGCCACGCGCGCCAGUGCACCAGCUCAGCCGUGUGCACGAGCCAGUGUCCCGCUGGGCCCUGCUACGCGUAUACUCGAGAGCUGCCUGUGCUUAUUGCACCAAGCGAGUUGAGAGUUGCGCGACACGCUGCAGGACGCGACGAUGUUGUCUAAAGAUGAAGCUACACCCACCUACCGACAGCGCAGAACUUUAUCAUUCUCACCGAGCGAUAUUAUACUCGGGUCAUCGUGUGAAAGAUAUUACCACUAAUAUACCCGCAAACAUUCUGACAUAAUAUAUAUUAUAUAUACGAGCAAGUGGUAUUGUGCAUACACCAACACCGACACCAGCCACACAUGUCACAUACACACUCACAUGAUUAUAUAAAUAGAUAGCUAUAUGAAUAACAGAGAAAAAAAAUAUGCGUAAAUCAAUUUAUACAUAAUAUGUACACGACGUUGUUUUGCAUGCAAUUACAAACAAAAUUAAAUUCAUGGACUACGGCAAAAAUAUUAUAUUCCGAGACGAACGAAUGUUUUUGAUUGAAUGCUUGGAGCAAAACCAUAAUGUAAAAAUUCUGCUAAUUGUAAUAUCUGUUUUCCAACUGAAAGAUUACAGAUAUCCAAUUAUUAUCAUUUGUACGUUACCAUUAUAUACAUAAAUAUAUAUAGAAAAAUAAACGAAAACUUAAUAUUUGUGCAAGACCCUGU